AUGAACUUCGAAGUGAGCAGUACAAAACAAAUCGGAGUCGGCUUAACAGCCUUCGGAGUAUUCUUCAUAUUUCUGGGUAUUUUGAUGUUUUUAGAUUCUGCUUUGUUAGCGAUCGGAAAUCUCUUAUUUAUUGUUGGUAUAACUUUCGUAAUUGGAAUCCAAAGGACUAUGGUGUUCUUUUUUGAAAUGAGGAAACUAAAAGCCAGUGCACUCUUUUUCGGAGGGAUCUUUAUUGUUUUAUUCGGGUACCCCCUUAUCGGGAUUGUUUUAGAAAUCUGGGGAUUUAUUCUUUUAUUCGGUGGUUUUUUGCCUGGGUUAGUCAAUCUCUUAAGAAGCAUUCCUGGAGUGAACGCAAUCACUUAUCUACCUGGUAUACGACAAAUUUUCGAUAGAUUAGCUCCAGAGUCGAAAUAUCCAGUUUAA